GCGGAGAACAAGAAAUGUGUUGGAUGCAAAGCAAAGACAUGUAAACAUCAUUAGAAAAUAGCUACAACGAGCUCGAUUUAAAGUGUCCUGUCUGGAUGAAAUAGCCUACCACCAUGGAGCUGUUCGAGAGUCGCAAUGACAGGACCUUUCCUCUUCCUUUGCCAUCCCUGCGUCUUUUGGUGCCCCCCUUUCGUCUGCUGUCAGCGUGUAUGUGGCACGUAGCGAAAUACCGCAAAGUUUCCCACUACAGUAAGCUGGAGGAGUUUGUGACCCUUGUUGCAGAAGCAGUGCCAAGUCUGUUGAGUUGCCAUCGGAGCGCUGAGCUCAUUCUGCGACUUAAGACCAAGCAUGCAUGUUCAGGGGAACCUGGGCCAUAUGAUGCUGAAUGGCAAAACCUUAUAUGGGAUAUCCUGACCGAAGUAGAUGGACUCUGUCAAACACCUGAUUUAGAGCAGACCGCAUCUUGGCUCGGUGCUGCCCCCCAUGCUGUGGACAUCUGCCUGCAGCCUCUUGAUAAUUCAGAAGAUUUGAGGAAUCUGCUUCGGUGUAAUAACCAGUUCAAACCUAGCACUAGUAUGCAUGAUUCUUUAGACGGCCCUCCAUCAAAACCACCAAUUCCCAAGGAAACAGCCUUCCUUGACCAAGAACAAGACACACCGUCUGUCCAUUGUCAUACCACGAGCUCUCACACAGAGGAUUUGGAAGCUGCAGCCGCCAUAUCAACCCCUCCUUUGGCUGAAGAUAGUCAUGACCAUUAUAACGAUGACAAUGAUGACAACAAUGACGGUGACAGUGACAGUGACACACACAGUAAUCCAGCCAUUGCACAAAUCCAGUGUUCCGUGGGACUGGCUGCUGUUACAAAUGGAGAGAUGGCUUCAAUGGAUGAGGGCAGGUGGGCCGUGGAGACGUUUAGUCCUGACAGCCCAUGUGAAGAAGCAGGCAGAGUGCAGCGGGAAGACCUCUCCUUGGGUCCUCUGAAAGAUUGCACGAGGGUCGGAGAACAAGUGUCUGAUCAUGACCAAGUCUUGCAGAGAGAUGCUGUAGAUAACGACACUGAUUUGCAAUGCAAAAAUCCUGUCAUGCUUCCUGCUUCCGCCGCUGUCUGCUCCUCCACUCGCGUAGCGCGAGGUCGCUCCGCUAAAACCGUUCGCAAGAAGGCGAGCGCCGUGAACAUUGUGGACUGGGUCUCCCAAAUAAUGGGCAAGGGCGUCUCUCUUCCGGCUCUGCCUCCUCUGCCUCCUGGCUCCGUUGUGAAGAAGGUUAAGCUCACUCGCGCAAGGUGCAACAAGGAAGUCGGGGCCACUUCACGGGCCAAGAGCGAUAAGAAAGCUGUGCACAAGGACGGUGCCGCCCAGCGCACAAAAGUAGUUCCAAAACAGCACGCGCGCUUAGUGCUGAAGAGAGACAAGAAAGAGGUGAAUGUCACCCGGCGCCCUAAGAAGGUUCCGGAGCCGCACGUGUGCUCCGAGUGCGGAAAAGUCUUCCCAACGAAAUCCAGGCUGGAGACGCACGAGCGCAGUCACGCCGACGUGCGUCCCUUCGAGUGCCCGGAGUGCGGGCGGCACUUCUCCUGCCUCGGCUACCUGGCGAGGCACCGGCGCACGCACGCCGGCGAGAAACCCUUCAAGUGCGCCGUGUGCGGCAAGGGCUUCACGCAGCCAGGCUACCGGAAGAUCCACCAGGAGGGUCACGUGGACCAGCACCUCUUCUCCUGCUCGCACUGCCCCAAGACGUUCGCCACCGCCUUCAAGCUGCGCAUGCACGAGCGCUACCACGUGACGCCGCGCCCAUACCAGUGCCAGCAGUGCGGGCGGAGCUUCAUCGCGGCCUCCAUGCUCCGCCGCCACCGCGGGUACCACGAGGGCGAGCGCAAGUUCCUGUGCAGCGUGUGCGGCCGGCGCUUCGUCUACGCGCCCGACCUCAAGCGCCACCUGCUGGGCCACGAGCGGCCGCCGGAGCCCGCGUCCUGCCCCGUGUGCGGCAAGGUCCUCUCGGACAAGUACGCGCUCGGGCUCCACGCGCGCACGCACACCGGCGAGCGGCCGCACCGCUGCGGCGAGUGCGGACGGACCUUCGCCUACCGGGAGAACCUCAAGCGCCACGCGCGCCUGCACACGGGCGAGAGGCCGUACCCCUGCCAGGUGUGCGGGAAGGCGUUCAAGCACUCGUCCAACCUCCGCGAGCACGAGCGCUGCCACACGGGCGAGAAGCCCUACGGGUGCCAGCGCUGCGCGGCGGCGUUCAGGACGUCCAGCCUCCUGAAGGCGCAUCAGAGGAGCCACACGGGCGAGGUGGCGAGGCGCAGAAAAGCUCCCGCGACGGACAAGGCCCGCAAGGAGAACAGCAGGAACACCCUUUGAGAGGUGACCUGAAUGGUGACCUGAUGUCCUCUCGGACUUGUGGUCCUGGUUUCAAAAGGCCUCACUCUGUCAAAGACAAUUUCUUUCCUUGUAUAUUAAAAUAUUUGAC